AUGGGUUGUUGUAAAAGUACUCCAGUAACAACAAUCACAUCUUUAACAAAUUUAUCACAGUUAGAAUUGGCUAAAUAUCAAGAAAUUAUUCAAUCGGUACCACUAAAAUAUAGACAAUCACUAAGAAAUAUGCCAGCUGAUCAAUUACUAACUGGAUAUAAAUAUCAUGAAAUUGCAAGACAGAAUUUCAAGAUAUUUCUAUAUCCCUUAGCCCUAAUUAAUGACAGAAAAGCAUUGACAAUGUUCUUAAAGUAUUUGCCAGAUAAUCAUUAUAUAAUUGUUAAUAUAUUAGAAAAUAUGUCUUGGGCAUAUUAUGAACUUGGUGCAAAUAAUGCAGCAAAAGAAGUAAUAAUAAUAGUAAUACAAAUAUUGAAAGAUAAUGGUGAUGAUGAUGAGAAUAAUAAAAAAAUUGCUUCACAAUAUUUUCAACUUGGUAAAAUUUAUCAAUUAGCAAAAAAUUAUGAUAUGGCGAUUCUUUCGAAGAAGGAAGCAUUGAAAUUCGGUCGUUCGAUAUUUACUCAAGAAACUGUUCAUGAAAUCGAAGAACAAAUUGAAAAACUAACAGAACUGGCUCAUGGUAAUUUUAUGAGAAUAAUGUAUGAACAGCUAAUUGAAAUGAAUGCUCAAAAUGGUACAUUACAAUUUGAUAAAAAUGAAUUUAAACGUAAAGCAGACAAACAAACGGAAACAUUAGUCGAUGAUCAAAUAUUGAAAGAUGUUUAUGAUGCAUUUGAACAUUGGUUAAGAAAAUAUUUGACAUUUAAUGGUGACGGUUAUAUAAACUUCAUAGCUGCACAAUUUAAAAAUACCAACAUGAAACAGAGUAUGUUGACACCGGCAGUAAUUGAAGCUGCAUUAACAAUAAUUAUUGAUCAUUUACAAGAUUAUCCGAAAUUAAUUGAAUUAAAUAAAAAAUAUCAAAUUUCAUAUACUGAUGAGAGCAAGAAUUAUUCAGUUGGUAUUCGAGUAUUUCAAGCAGAAUCUAAGACUACUAAAGCAUGA